CAACAAAGCCUUUUUCAAUUUAAAAAAAAAAUAAUCUUCUCUCUCUUGGUCCGGCUGCUGCCUCCCAGCGCUGACUUGUCCUUUUUUUUUCUCUCUCUCUCGCAACUCUCUCCUAUUUUCCCUCUGAAUUUUCUCGGCCAUUUUCCAGGAAAAUCCGUGGAAUUCUGCUGUAAUUCGCUGCCUGUGAAAUUUCUCAGCUCCUCUUUUGCUCUUGAUCAUCUGAUAUGGCAACCAAUUUCUUAUUCUCAGGGGACGAUCAUAAUCUCUUUGAUUGAGUGCAGACGGAAUCAAGUGUAGGUGCUGAUGACAGAGAAAAUGGCUGGAAAUGCAAGGCUUUGAGGAGUUGAAUUGGGAAAAUUUGGGCACAUGGGACUACCAAAUUUUGGUCUUUAGAAUUCUUUUGCUGAUAACAGGAUGGUAUUGGGUGUGAUUGUUGAUCCCGGACUUGGGCCAGCCGCAGAAUUCCUUUCGCAGAUCGUUCAGGCUAUUAUUGAUAUUGUAAUUACUUCCAAGAAUGUCUUCAUUGAGAAAGAGAGUUUUGCGGAACUUGCAAAUUACUUGGAACAGAUUGUUCCUUUCCUAAAAGAGAUGAUGAGGAAGGACAUCAGUAAUUCUGAUGGCUUAAACAAUGUUAUCACAAUUCUUAAUCAUGAGGUCAAAGUUGCAAAGCAAUUAAUAGAGGAAUGCAGUAAGAGAAACAAAGUGUAUCUCUUAGUGAAUUGUCGGUCAAUUGCUAAGCGCAUAGAGGACACUACAAAGGAAAUUAGCAGGGCACUGAGUCUCCUUCCUUUGAGCUCAUUGGAUAUUUCUGCAGGUAUAAUUGAAGAGAUUAGUCAGCUAAGUGACCUCAUGCAGACUGCAGAGUUCAAGACAGCUUUAGCAGAGGAAGAGAUUCUGGAGAAAAUAGAGUCGGGAAUACAGGAGAGGAAUGUUGAUCGUUCAUAUGCCAAUAACUUACUGUUUUCGAUUGCACAGGCUGUUGGAAUUUCAACUGAGCAGUCAGUGUUGAAGAAAGAAUUUGAGGAAUUCAAAAUGGAAAUAGAAAAUGCACAACUGAGAAAGGACCAGGCAGAAGCUAUACAAAUGGAUCAAAUAAUUGCUUUGCUGGAAAGAGCAGAUGCUACCUCUUCUCCAAACGAGAAAGAAAUCAAGUAUUUUAACAAGCGGAAUUCUUUGGGUACUCAACCAUUGGAACCACUCCAGUCUUUUAUUUGCCCAAUCACUAGGGAAGUUAUGGUGGAUCCAGUGGAGACUUCUUCAGGGCACACAUUUGAGAGAAGUUCCAUUGAGAAGUGGUUUGCUGAUGGGAAUAAUUUGUGUCCGUUGACCAUGAUACCUUUAGACACAUCAAUUUUGCGGCCUAACAAAACUUUACGGCAAUCAAUUGAAGAGUGGAAGGAUAGAAAUACCAUGAUCACCAUUGCUUCCAUGAAACCAAAACUCUUGGUGGGAGAGGAUGAAGAAGUACUUCAUUGCCUGGGACAGCUGCAGGAUCUCUGUGAGGAAAGGGACAUACACCGAGAAUGGGUAAUAUUAGAGAAUUAUAUACCCAUCCUUAUUGAACUUCUUGGUGCCAAAAGUCGAGACAUAAGGAACCAUGCACUUGUCAUCCUCUGCAUCCUGGCAAAAGAUAGUGAUUAUGCUAAGGAAAGAGUUGCAAACGUUGAGAAUGCAAUAGAAUCUAUUGUCCGCUCUCUUGGACGGCGUAUUGCAGAAAGGAAGUUAGCAGUGGCAUUACUGUUGGAACUGUCUAAAAGUGAGAUAGUACAAGACUGCAUUGGUAAGGUUCAGGGUUGCAUCCUCCUUUUAGUGACUAUGUCAAGCAGUGAUGAGAGUCAAGCUGCCAAAGAUGCAAGGGAGCUUCUGGAGAAUCUCUCAUUCUCUAAUCAGAAUGUUAUCCAAAUGGCGAAGGCAAAUUAUUUUAAACAUUUGUUGCAGCAUCUUUCUUCAGGACCAGAAGACGUGAAGCUAAUCAUGGCAAGAACUUUGGCAGAGAUGGAGUUGACUGACCAUAAUAAAUCAUCUCUGCUUGAAGACGGCGUAUUGGGUUCACUUCUUCAAUUGGUCUCACAUGGUGAUACUGAGAUGAAGCAAGUGGCUGUUAAAGCUCUUCAGAAUCUCUCAACCUUACCAAAAAAUGGGCUGCAGAUGAUAAGAGAAGGUGCUGUUGGCCCAUUACUUGACCUUUUGUGCCAUCACACAUCACCACAAACUUUGCGUGAACAGGUAGCAGCCACAGUUAUGAAUCUUGCCAUAUCAACUGCGUCUCAAGAUUUGAGUGAGACACAGGUGUCAUUGUUGGAAUCUGAUGAAGAUAUCUGCAGACUAUUCUCAGUUAUUAGCUUGACGCGUCCUACUGUACAGCAAAGUAUUCUUCGGGCGUUUCAUGCAAUGUGCCAAUCUCCCUCUGCUACUACUAUCAAGGCCCAGUUAACACAGUGCUCAGCUGUGCAAGUACUGGUUCCGUUAUGUGAUCUUGAUGGUAAUAUAAGGGCUAAUGCUGUGAAGCUACUCUGCUGCUUGACAGAAGAUGUUGAUGAAGCGACCAUCUUGGAACACAUGACUCAGAAAUCAAUUGACACCUUGCUCAGGAUCAUCAAAACUUCUAGUGAUGAGGAAGAAAUCGCUUCUGCAAUGGGUGUCAUCUCCAACCUCCCCAAACGCCCCCAGAUCACUGAGUGGCUAUUGGGUGCCGAGGGUCUUCCUUUAAUUUUGAGGUUUCUUCAAGCUAGUAAGAGUAAGGGUUCCCAUAAAAAUCAGUUGAUAGAAAAUGCUGUCGGAGCCAUAUGCCAUUUUAGCAAUCCAACAAAUCAGCAAUCACAAAAGCAAGCAGCUGAAAUUGGUCUGAUUCCCGCGUUGGUACAGUGGCUGGAGUUAGGUACCACGUUGACAAAAAAACAAGCAGCUUUGUCUCUCGCUCAGUUUUCCGUGAGUUCCCUUGCACUGAGUCGGCCUUUUCCAAAGCGCCAUGGAUUCUGGUGCUUCUCACCUCCGCCAGAAGCCGUGUGCCCAGUUCAUCGAGGAAUCUGUACCAUAGAGUCAUCGUUUUGCCUCGUGGAAGCUGGCGCUGUGGAACCUCUUGUGAGGGUUCUUGGCGAAACCAAUCUUGAUGUCUGUGAAGCUGCUUUAGAUGCACUAUUGACUUUGAUUGAAGGUGAAAGAUUGCAAAGUGGUAGUAAGGUGCUAGCCGAAGCAAAAGCCAUACCGUCAAUAAUAAGACUACUUAGUGUUUCGUCCCCUGGAUUGCAAGAGAAAGUUCUGAGGUCUUUAGAGAGAAUUUUUCGACAGGUGGAGUUCAAACAGAAGUACGGAGCCUCAGCUCAGAUGCCUCUAGUUGACUUGACUCAACGAGGGAAUAGUAGUACAAAGUCAUUGGCAGCCAAAAUUCUUGCUCACUUGAACGUUCUUCACGACCAGUCCUCUUAUUUCUGAUGGAAGAUAAUGGUUUGACGCUUAUUUUUUAACAAAAUUUAAACAGUUUGAUAAAAUCCCACUGAUUCUUCUAUUUUCAAGUCAUGGUUCUGUGUGGGAGGAAUGUACCAUUGUGUCAAGGACAAAACAUGUCUUUCUUGUAAGACUGCUCAGCUGCAAUGGCAUAGAGGCCUGAGUGACCUGAACUAAAGAAAACCGAGUUGUUGAGAGAUCUUUCAUGGAAACUAUGCAGCACAGGAUAGAUGAUGUUGGGUUGAUAGAAGCUCUCGAUAUGUUUGUCUGUGGAAGGAGAUGAUUAAUCGGGGAAAGACCACCAUUGAUCGACUAUUUAGCUGAGCUCUGAGGUUCAUGUGAAUUUAAGUUUGAAUUCUUUACCCUCACUGAUCAUUUUGAUUCAGUUGUAUAUGUAAUUCAUUCGGUAGUUUAAAUUGAAGUCCAUAAAUUCUUCUGUAUUAUGAACAAAAUUCUAUAGUAGAAACGUGGUUUAUACUGUAGAUAGAGAGAGAGAGAGAGAGAGAGAGAGAGAGAGAGAGAGAGAGAGAGAGAGAUUAAAGUAGUGAUAAUUUUAUUUUUUUUCCAAUUAUGAUUCUUUCAGGGCUGUUAAUUGGAAAUGAGUAGGUAUCUGAACUGUUGCAAUACAAGCAUGUUGAUUGAUAUUCGAGGAA